UGGUAGGGUCUGUGAUUAAUUGGCUCAUCCACACUUCCAUCCAUAGCAAUCCAUCACAUCAAAAUGCCUCCAAAACUCGAUCCUAACGAAGUUAAGAUAGUUCACAUUCGCGUUACCGGUGGUGAAGUUGGUGCUACCUCCUCUUUGGCACCUAAAUUAGGUCCACUUGGAUUGUCGCCCAAAAAAGUUGGUGACGAUAUUGCCAAAUCUACCCAGGAUUGGAAAGGUUUGCGUAUCACUGUUCGAUUAACUAUCCAGAACAGACAAGCCAAAAUUGAUGUAGUUCCUAGUGCUUCAUCACUAGUAAUUAAAGCUCUGAAAGAACCACCAAGAGACAGAAAGAAGCAAAAAAAUAUCCUACAUACUGGCAACGUACCGUUAGAUCAGAUAAUCGAUAUCGCUCGUACUAUGAGACCAAGAUCCAUGGCACGAAAACUAGAAGGUACCGUUAAGGAAAUCCUUGGGACUGCUCAGUCUCUUGGUUGUACAGUUGAGCAACAACAUCCUCAUGAUGUCAUUGACGGAAUUAACGAUGGUUCUAUAGCCAUUCCUGAAGAAUAAACACUACGAUCGAAGAAUUUUAGCUUGUGUCUAAUAGCUAAUGUGAUUAUACACUAUUCGGAUUCCGAAAUAAAUGUUGUACGGCUCUUUCAAUAAAUCUGUUUCAAU